AUAUAAGUAUUUUUUAUUAAAUAAAUAAAUAAUAAUAAACAAAAAAUUCAAAAAUAAUGAGUUCAACUUUUAUAUGGGGUAUGUGUGCCGGAUUUAUUGUAAAAACAGUUUCAAAUAAAGUAGCAUACGUUAUGUUUUGUUCACGUCCAUGGGAAUACCCAAAAAUGAUGUUAUAUGGAGGUAUAUUAGCAUCAUGUUUUGAUUAUGGUAGAAGAUGGGGUUUAGAAUAAAUUUGUAUUAAUGAAGAAAAAUUAGAAUAAAUUUGCAAAAGAUAAGAACUUUAAGCAUUAAAAGUUGGAGAAGAAUUGAAAGAAUCAUAAAGAGAAAUGUUUAUGGAAUAUACAGUUAAAAUGAAUAAUAUUUGAAAUAAAAAAUAAAAAAAAAUAUAUAUAUUAGGAUAUAAUAUAUAUUUUUUCUUUAUAAUCAUUAUUAUAAUUUUUAAAAAAAGUAUUAAAUUUAUAAAAUAAAUACAUUUAUUUAAUU